UGCCGCCGCCGGGGCCGGGCCGGGGCUGGAGCCGCCGCCGAGGCCGCCGCUGCGAUGUCGCCGCUGUGCCCCGCGGGAGGGGCGGCCGCCCCCCGGCUGCUGCUGGCGCUGCUGUGCGUGGCCCGGGCCGCCGCCCCCCCGCCGCCCAGCGCGCCCCCCGGGACGCCCCCCGCCCCGCACAGCGACUCCCCGGUGCUGUCCCUCAACCUCGGCCUCAACUUCAAGAUCAAGGUGCGGAGCCAGGGCGGCCCGCGCCCCCCCGCGCCCCCCACCCCCGCGGGCGCCCCCCGGAGCCCGGGCCCCCCCCGCAGCGCCGCGCCCCCCACCCCGCCCGAGCCCGGCGAGGGCUCCGCGGGACCCCCGGAGGAGGCGCCGGCCCGGGGGGGGCCCCCCGCCCGCGGGGCCACGACCCCCGGCCCGGGGCGGCCCCGGGACAAGCAGCUGGAGCUGGACAUCGCCAUCGACCUGACGGCGGGGCUGGACCCCCCCGCGGGCGGCGCGGGGCCGGCCGUGCCCCCCACCAGCCUCCUGCGGGGCCCCCCCGGCCGCCCCCGGCUCCUGCCCGGCCUCUCGGAGCUGGCCGGGAGACUCAGCGCCGCCGGGUUCCUGUUCCCCACGGGGCCCCCCAGCAUCGGCGCCGAGGGGGGAAACGCGUCCCUGGAGCUGGACGAGGCGGGGAGCGGCGCCGAGCCAGCGCCGUCCCCCGGCCGCCAGCCCUCCCGGGGGGCCGCGCCGCCCCCCGCCGCCGCCUCCGCCUGCACCCCGGGCUCCGCCUGCGGCUCGGGGGGCCCGGAGCCCGGCGGGGCCUCCCCCGCGCCCCCCUUCCCGUGGCCGCCCCACUUCGUGCCGCUGGGCGCGCCCUGGCCCGAGGCGGCGGCGCUGUGGGGCGCGGCGUGGCCCGGGCACGUCUAUGGGGCGGGGGCGGCCUUCGCGCUGCUGGCGGGGCUGGGGGCGCUGCUGCUGCUCGGGGGGCGCCGCCCGGGGCUGGCGCGGCUGCUGGGGGCGCUGCUGGCGCUGGCCGCGCUCGCCCGCGCCUUCCCGCUCUUCUUCGACCCCUACGAGCUGGGGGGGCGCCUGCCGCCCCCCGCCGCCCGGGCGCUCUUCGAGCUGCCCUUCCCGUGCCUGGGCUGGGGGCUGGCGCUGGCGCCCCCCGCCGCCGGCCCGGUCCCGCUGCUGCUGGCCCUGGGGGUGCUGCACCUGGGGGGCGUCCUGGGGGCCGUGGGGGCGCUGGCGGCGCUGGGGGGGCCCCCGCUGCUGCUGCUGCUGCUGCCCCGCGCUCUGUUCGCCGCGCUGGCGGCCGCGCUGGCGCUGCGGGGGCUGCGGCGCUGCGGGGCGGGCGGGGGGCGCAACAAGCGCGGGGCGGCGGCGGCGGGGGGGGCGCGGGCGGGGGUCCCGCGGGCGCUGGGCGCGGCGGCGGCGGCGCUGAGCGCGGGGCUGCAGCUCUUCGGGGCCCUGCAGGCCUGGGGCUGGGCCGCGACCCCCGCGCCCGGGCCCUGGGCAUGGUGGGGGCUGCAGCUGGGGGCGCGCCUCACCGAGCUGGCCAUGGGGGGGGCGCUGGCCGCGCUCGCCUUCGCCGCCCCCCCGAGCGGCCGCGCCCCGCCCGGCGGCCCCGCGGAGCCCCCCGAGGGCGGCGGCGGGCGGGGAGCGGGCGAGGAGGCGGGGGCGCCCCCCGAGUCCCCCCUGGACGUGGACGGGGACCCCACGGCCGGGUUCCGGCCCCCGUCCCCCAUCGACCUGCGCCGCUCCAUCGACGAGGCCCUGGGGGCGCCGGGCAUGUUCCGCGCCGGGAACGGCGGCAUCGGGGGCACCCGGAUCGGCCUCACCGGCAACGCCGCGGGCGCCGGGAACACCGGCAUCGCCCUCACGGGCAGCGCCGGUAACGGGGGGAAAGCCAAGAGCAACGGGGUCAGCGUGCUCGGGAGCACCGGCAGCACCGAGAUCAGCGUCAUCAGCGCCGCCGGCAGCGCCCGCAGCGCCCCGAGCACCGGCAGCACCGGCACCAGCAGCACCGCGCUACCGGGGGGCGGCAGCACCGCCAUGCCCGGGCUGGGCACCGGGAGCGCCAUCGGCACAGCCGGGGCUGCGGCAGCGGGCGGCACCGGCACCGCGGGGGCGGGCCCGGCCGGAACGGGUGGCACGACCGGCACGAAUGGCACGAAUGGCAAACCUGGCACGGCUGGAACAGCCGGCACAGCUGGCACAGGUGGCGCUCCUGACUCAGCUGGCACAGCUGGAACACCCAGCGCAGCUGGCGCGGCUGGCAAAGCUGGAACAGCUGGAGCACCUGGAACAGCAGGAACAGCUGGCAAACCUGGCACAGCCGGAACACCUGGGGUAGCUGGUAAACCUGGUACAGCCGGCACACCUGGCACAGCUGCAACAACCAGCAAACCUGGCACAGCCGGCACAGCCGGCACACCUGGCACAGCUGCAACAACCAGCAAACCUGGCGCAGCUUCGGCAACCAGCAAACCUGGCACAGCUGGCACAGCCACCACGCCUAGCACAGCUGCCAAACCUGGCACAGCCAGCGCAGCCAGCACAGCCAGCACACCUGGCACAGCCGGCAAAUCUGGCACAGUUGCAGCAACCAGCAAACCUGGCACAGCUGGCACAGCCAGCACACCUGGCACAGCUUCAGCAACCAGCAAACCUGGCACAGCCAGCACACCUGGCACAGCCAGCACACCUGGCACAGCUGGCACAGCCGGCGGGACAGAGCGUGGCACCCCCGGCACCACCAGGGACAGCAAAACCGCGCCCCCGGGAACCGGCACGGCCGGCACCUCAGGGACGGGGACACCGAGCAACGCCAGCGGCACACCUGGAACAGCUGGAACCCCUGGCACACCUGGAACGCAGGGCCCUGCAGCGCCUGGCACCGCUGGCCCGUCAGACCCCGGUUCCUCGGGCACAGCUGGGACACGGGGCCCUGGCACAGCUGGCACAGCUGGCGCUGCUGUCACCCCCGGUACCCCCGGCAGCUCCGCCCCCCGCGGCCCCCCCACCGCCCCCCGCCCCUCGGGGCUGUCCCGCGCCGCCUCCUGCGGGGGGGGCCCGGCCCGGGGGGCGGAUCCCGGCGCGGCCCCCCCGAGCCCCGCGACCCCCGCGCAGGGCCCGGCCCGGGCGGCGCCGCCCCCGCUGCGGCCCUCGCAGAGCUGGGCUGAGGGGAGCCCCCGGGCCGCGCCCGCGCCCCCCGAGACCCCCGCGGGCGGCGGCGGCCCCAGCCCCGGCAGCGACACCAUUGACUUGUAGGGAGCGGCGGGGAGAGCCCGGCCAGAGCCCCCCGGGACCCCCGAACGAGGGCGGCAACCUCGGGACCCCCAAACUCCUGAGCCCCCCGGGACCCCCGAACGAGGGCGGCAACCUCGGGACCCCCUGAGCCCCCGAGACCCCCAAACGAGGGGGGCAACCUCGGGACCCCCAAACUCCUGAGCCCCCCGGGACCCCCGAACGAGAGUGGCAACCUCGGGACCCCCUGAGCCCCCGAGACCCCCAAACGAGGGGGGCAACCUCGGGACCCCCGAACUCCUGAGCCCCCCCCAAGUGCUGAUGACAAUCUGGGGACUCCCCAGGCCCUUGAGA